GUGGUAAACAAGAUGGCGGCAACCUGAUAGCAGCUGCAUCAAUAAUAGCAAACCUCAUAUUUAUGCAGACAGAGACAAAUAAAACACUACAUAACAUCUGUCGAUAGAGUCUGGAUGUUAAGGUUCUCUGGGGCAGUAUCCUGAGUUGCCAACUGGGAAAGACUAGUGGACUCCAUAGAAGAGCUGACAAUAAAUCUAGGACCCAGAGCAUAACGAUACUAAGGACUGAAAUAACUCAGUUAGGUGUGAUUGAGUAUUUAUUGCAUCUGUACUUAGAUCAAGGCAAACCAAUGGGGACCAUGGAUCGCUACAAGGUUCUAUGGCCGUCAUGCUUCGCUUGGCUUUGAAACAGGACUGGUUACCUCUCCCUCUGCAUGUUGCCAUCUCAUAUCAGAUCACGGAUGGAGGUGACAUGGAGCUAAGCAGCGGAAUGUAAACUCAGCCAGACGUCCCACUCUCUGCUCAGUAGCACCUGUCCCACAGCCUGAACUCUCCACAAAUCUUUUCACCCUGGACCUUGGCAUCGCUGGGUCUUAGUUAACUACCCCACACCACUUUGGAAACCUUUACAGCUAGCCUACAUCUUGUUCCCACGAACUGAAACUAACCUCUGUGUUUACAGACCUACUCUAUUACAACGUUAACUGUUUCUCUCAAUGCCCAUGCCUGGCUAUACCUCCAAUGUCACUUAGUGUUUUCUAAUUGAACUGUGUCCCUGAGCCACCAGGAUACACAGCCCAAGUUCAAGGCUUGAGGUCACAGUGCACUAUAUUGGACUGUCUGGAGCACGCUACAGUAACUAAGUUGAUUUAACCAUGAGUGUCGGGGAGCUGCAGCACCUGGACUAUCUGACGGAGAAUGAGCUGAUGGGCAUGGACACGUUCAUCCACCGCAUCGACUCCACAGAGGUGAUAUACCAGCCACGCAGGAAGAGGGCCAAGUUGAUCGGGAAGUACCUGAUGGGAGACCUGUUGGGGGAGGGCUCCUACGGUAAGGUGAAGGAGAUGCUGGACUCUGACACGCUGUGUCGCAGGGCCGUCAAGAUCCUCAAAAAGAAGAAGCUCAGAAGGAUCCCCAAUGGAGAGGCCAAUGUGAAGAAGGAGAUCCAGCUGCUCCGGAGACUUCAGAACAAAAAUGUGAUCCAUUUGGUGGACGUGUUGUACAAUGAAGAGAAGCAGAAAAUGUAUAUGGUGAUGGAGUAUUGCGUAUGUGGGAUGCAAGAAAUGCUGGACAGCGUCCCAGAGAAAAGAUUUCCAGUAUUUCAAGCUCACGGGUACUUUUUACAGCUGUUAGAUGGUCUUGAAUAUUUGCACAGCCAGGGAAUCGUUCACAAAGACAUUAAACCAGGGAAUCUGCUGCUGAACACCGACGGCACGCUCAAGAUCUCAGACCUGGGCGUGGCAGAGGCUCUGCACCCGUUUGCGAUGGAUGACACGUGUCGUACAAGUCAGGGCUCGCCAGCGUUUCAGCCCCCCGAGAUCGCCAACGGCCUGGACACGUUUUCAGGGUUCAAAGUGGACAUCUGGUCUGCAGGCGUCACACUAUACAACAUUACAACGAGUCUAUAUCCGUUCGAAGGGGACAACAUCUAUAAGCUAUUUGAGAACAUUGGGAAGGGAGACUACAGUGUUCCUGAGGAGUGUGGCCCCUCCCUGUCAGACCUAUUGCAAGGAAUGCUUGAAUAUGAUCCCGUCAAGAGGUUUUCCAUACAGCACAUCAGGCAACACAACUGGGUACGUAAAAAACACCCUCCAACGGAGCCCCCGGUGCCCAUCCCAGCCAGCGCGGAGAGCCGGGACGUGUGGCGCAGCAUGACGGUGGUGCCUUACCUGGAAGACCUGCACGGCUACACCGAGGAAGAGGACCAGGAGUUCUAUGACCAGGAGGAUGACAUCAUCUACACUCAGGACUUCACCGUGCCAGGUUUAUCUUUUCCCAUCCUUGGCAAGGGUGAGAGAACUGCUGAUGUUGUUCCUCCUGAACCAUUUGGCGAAGAACUCUUCAAGGAUGUCAUGCGGAGAGAUGGACAGAGAGCAGCAGAGAAACAGACUGUACCCUCGGGUCUUUGUGUGAAGUGGCUCUUUGUGUUUCCGUUCCCCCUCUGUUCUUUUGCUCCCUCCGUCCUCCCCUCUCAGGCUGUCCCAGAGGAGGCAUGGCUGGCCGUGCAAGUCCCACCUUCGUGAACUCUGACCCCGUUGGUUUUAUUUCUCAGACAACCUUUUAUUUGACAGAACCUAAAGAUACACAUUGUAAAAGGAAUUAGGUUGAUAAAGAAUAGCUUUUCAUUUUAACUAUGAGGAUAGUGAUACUGAUAUAAAAACUGCAUGCUGGCUUGAACUUUGAGAAAGGGAAAUUGCUCAGUUAAGGACAGACAAACGGACUGAAACCUUGACUUCCACCACUGGUGUGUUGGGAGGGGCUUUAUUGUGUUCAUUAGGUUUUGUUUAUUUUUUCCAAUAAAUCUUUUUUAAUUAUUAUUUAUAUAAAACACGUCCCAUCCAAACCCUG